AUGAAGUUCGCUCUUGUCGCUCUCGUUGCUUCCGCUGCUGUUGCCGCUGCCACCCCCAACCUCUUGGCUAGAGAGUACGGCGAUUGUAGAGAUACUGAAGGCUCUUGUCCCGGUGGAAGCUGUGUAUCCAGUGAUUCUAGCAACGCCGACGCAGGUUACAUCUGUUCCUUCCCCGACGCUUCUUCUACCACUUCUGAAAGCUCCGCUGCUUCAUCCACUGCGUCUUCUUCAUCCGGUUCCUACGGCGACUGCAGAGACACCGAAGGUUCUUGCCCCGGUGGAAGCUGUGUAUCCAGUGACUCCAGUAACUCUGACGCAGGUUAUAUCUGUUCAUUCGAUUCUUCCUCUGCUUCUUCAACUUCCUCAGCAGCAGCUACCACUUCUGCCAAAGCCACCACCAAUACAGGUACCGCACCCACCACCUUGAGUGCCGCAGCUACCAGCGCCAAGGCCUCGACAACCUCGAAGGCCGCAUCUACCACCGCUUUGGCCUCGAACGCCACCACUUCCGCCAGCAACUCCACAACCGCGUCUACUUCCUCUAACUCCAGCAGUGGUGCAGGUCUCUCAUCAACUGUAAAUUACGCUGUUGCAGGUCUCUUCGCUGCUGGUCUUUACGUUGCUCUUUAA